AUGAAGAUAGCCCUAACUGUGAAAAACAAAUUCGGCKUCGUUGAUGGAUCAAUUCCACGUCCCGAUGAUGAACAUCUCAAUUCUUGGAUCAUUUGCAACAACGUCGUCAUUGCAUGGAUCUUGAACUCUCUUUCGAAAGAGAUAUCGGCUAGUGUCCUGUUCGCCGAUUCUGCAAGAGAAAUUUGGUUAGAUCUACAAGAACGAUUUCAACGACAAAAUCGACCUCGAAUUUUUCAGCUCCGCCGUGAUUUAUCUACAUUAGUUCAAGAUCAGUUAUCUGUAAGUGCCUAUUUUACGAAAUUGAAGACAUUAUGGACUGAACUUGCUGCAUAUCGUCCUAAUUGUUCUUGCGGUCGCUGCACUUGUGGAGGUGUCAAGUCUCUUGUUGAAUAUUUUCAGACUGAGUACGUGAUGUGUUUCCUCAUGGGCUUGAACGAUUCUUUCAGCCAAAUUCGUGCUCRGCUACUCCUUAUGKAACCUCCUCCGACGAUCAAUYGUGCCUUURCUUUAAUUGCUCAAGAAGUUCAGCAAAGAGYUAUUUCGCAKAUCUCUCYUGCUAAUUCUUCUGCUUCGUCUACAGCCUUCAUSGUCYGCGGCACUCAGAAUUYGAAUUCCUCGAAUUUGUCAAAUUCGUCGACUUCUUCGAAUCGYUCUCUGUCAAAUCAGGGCAAGCGAAAAGAAAAAUCGAUGUGUACUCAUUGCGRCCUUUUARGCCACACUGUGGAUCGUUGCUAUAAACUCCACGGGUAUCCUCCGGGAUACCGCAAUUCCAAUGCUCGAGGUACACAUCCAUCACCUGCUCCAGCCAAAUCUGCUGAUGCUACUUCUAAGAAUACGGCUGCUAUUCCRGAUUCUUUAUCACAUAUCAAUGCUGAUCAAUGUYAGGGAUUAUWAGCAAUUCUUCAGUCUCAUCUUGCCAAAGUCAAGACUGGUUCAGAGUCUGAGUCUGGUACAUCCCAUGUUGCAGGACAAGUACUCUUUGAGGACGAUUGGCAAGGGUAG